GUAGCGGCGACACCUACUCGCAGGAGGCAACCGACAUGGUGGCCAUAGGGCCGUUCGAGAAGCGCAAGCAGAUGUUCUGGGAGGUCGUGGACGCGCGCAUGCCGCGGCUGCGCACCGCUCGGCUGCAGGCCGUGAUCGGCGUCGGGCCGCCCGAAGCGCCCGCGGCCGACGCGUGGGCGGACGCCAAGAGGGCCCUCGAGGCGGUGCAGCGCUACUUCAGGGAG